CACAUUUAUAUAACUCAUACGACAGUUACAAACAGCAUCGUGUUAGCUUAAACCUUCUGUCCUAUACAAAAAAUGAAUAUUCCAAAACAAUAUCUACCAAUAUUCAUACUGAUUAUCUUCAUAACCACAAAACUAUCACAAGCCGACCAAAAUAACAACAGUCCGGUUCCCAACGAUCCAUCAUCAACCAAUUCUCUGUUUCCUGGCGGGAAAAUAACCGUAGAAAUCAUUAACGAUCUCGGUAAUCAGCUAACGUUACUCUAUCAUUGUAAAUCAAAAGACGAUGAUCUUGGUAACCGGACUUUGCAAUCAGGUGAGUCGUGGUCUUUUAGAUUCGGGCGUCAAUUCUUUGGAAGGACGUUGUAUUUUUGUAAUUUUGAUUGGCCAAAUGAAUCGCAUUCGUUCGAUAUAUAUAAAGACCAUCGAGAUAGCUCCGGUGAUAACUGGUGCGAGAAGUGUGUGUGGAAGAUAAGGAAAACCGGACCUUGUCGGUUUAACGAUGGAACUAAGCAGUUUGAUAUUUGUUAUCCUUGGAAUAAGUCUUUGUAUUGACAAGAAAAUAAAACAAAUAAACUUAGCU